AUGUGUAAAGAACUAAGACCGGAUACUGCUGUUCCGGCUCUUUCUCAGGCCCAAGAUGCACUUCUCAAAUUAUCCAUUCUCGCCCGCUUAAUAGGUGCCAAAUCGGUUCUGGAGAUUGGGACUCUGGGCGGCUACUCAGCUAUAUGUUUUGCUGAAGCCGGUGCCGAGGUGACGAGGAUUGAGAUCAAUCCAAAACACCAAGAAGUGGCACGAGAGAGUGUCGAAGGUCUUGACGUAGAGGUCAUUCUUGGUGCCGCAUUGGAGGUUUUGCCGAAGCUGUCAGAAGAGGGUAGACAGUUUGACAUAGUGUUCAUUGAUGCUGACUUCGAUGAUCAAUGGGAGCAUUUCGACUGGGCAGUGAAACUGACAAGGCCGAACGGUUGUGUCUUCCUAGACGAUGUGGAUAGUGAUUCUAUCAUAACAAAGAUCGGCAAAGACGACAGAGUGACAGCUACCCUCGUUCCAAUCGUUGCUACGCACCCAAUGAUACCCAUCCCACACAUACUCAGUUUUGUAGUGGGAAGUGAGUAG